AGUCAGUGUAGCUGGUAAUAUCUCCUGAAUGUAAACAUAUGGUAGCACAUCCUGGCAGAGUUUCAGUUGCGUGUGGCGUGAGCCACAUAAAGGACAUAACGCUGCUAUCUCAAAGAAAUGCGGUCGGUGGUUGUUUGUUUUUACUCACGGUUAUCUUAAAAGUCUUGCAGAUUGCAAUCUAUAAUCUACCGCAUGCUUGUGCACCGACAAAACGGGUAAGCGGCAUCCCAGAGUAACGCAUCAGGCGUUGGUUUGCUUCGAUGCGCUCCGAGGUUUUAGGGUUUUCAGGCGUCUCCUCAGCAAAACAACUGAUUGUGCCUUAAAGGCGAGCUGACGUCGAGAGUCGGUCUGGGCAGAAAGGGGAAACUGAAGCAGUCGCACAGGAAACUCCCACAGAGUUCUCGUCAGCGUUCAUACGGAGCCGUCAGACGAGAAGGAAGGAGUGAUGACUGUCGGACAAAAGGAAAGGCGCUCCUCAAACAGAAAAACCAAGUAAUUGGCCUCACCUCUAAGGCAAGAGCGCCUUGAUGAUGUGGAGGAAACGCCGCUGAUGUGGAUCAUUAAAAAGAAAAGAAACGAGGCUCCGUGAACCCUGAAGGGAUGGCUCUCCUCCUGGUCUUGAUGUGGUUGGUUCUCCCGAAUCGGGCUCUCCUCUCUGGUCUGGAUCACUGCGGCGUUCAUGACGGCAGCAGCUCAAACAACAUGUCGCCUUGGCUGCAGUCCUUGCAAUGCCACAAUGACUACAAGACCCAUGUGGACUGCAAAUGGAAGGCACCGACAAACACGACUCUGCAGGUCUGGCUGAGGGGAAACGAUGGCAGCAGUGAGCUCUGUGUGCCUUUUAAAGACGAAACAACAACCGAGGAUGGAGUUGUCCAGUGCAGAUAUAAAACUCUUGUGCUUGGCAUGGGAAUCCGCCAUACUGUCUUCUUCACGAACAACCAGACAACAAGCUUCUGCUCGUCUUCCAAUCACACAUCUCUGGAUCUUGUUCGGCGCCUGAGGGCACGUCCGCCUGGGGGUCUGACUGCGUCUGAGGAAAGCGAUGGCAGCUGCUGGCUGAAGUGGUCCAGUCCGUAUCCUCCAUCGUCCUCCCUGAACCAGAACCUCUCGUAUCAGCUCAGCUUCAGGACGCAGGACGAGGACGGCUGGACUACUGAGGCUGUCGCAGACACCAGCGUGAGACUGGAGAGGCAGAAGCUGCUUCCCGGCCGUAGAUACGAAGCCAGAGUGAGAGCCCGGGCCGGCGUGGGUCGGUGGAGCGAAUGGAGUCCUGUGGCGAGCUGGAAAACUGGAGAUGACCUCGGGCAGGUUCCGUCUCUGGACUGUGUUCUGGAUGGAGAGAAGGAAGUGACGUGUAGCUGGGAGGUGAGCAGAGAGCUGGCUUAUCUCGUCACCUACCAGCUGACCUGUCGACACGACCCGACAGCACGGUUUGAGGGAUGUUGCAUGAACCCAGCUGUGAGUUCUGACCCCGGAGGGACAGAAGUGAGGUACAGCUGCCCUCUCACCGAUGUGGACCCUGAACGUCUGCAGCUGAAGCUCCAGCCGGCACACAACGCUAAGACCUUUCAAGCGUACAAACACAUCCGUACCAAUUCACCAGUGCAGGUGAAAGUGAGGGAGAAUAACGGUGACUGGGUUGUGGAGUGGUCUCCACCAGCUGAGGCAGCUACAGAGCUGUUGUACCAGGUCUGGUAUUACAGGACCACAGAUCAGGGAUCCACGGAGCUGCUGAACAUUUCCGAGGGGUCCACACGGGUGAGCAUCCUGGGAACAUCCCUCGUGCCGCUCCAGGACUACGAGGUGAAAGUGAGGUCACUGGUUGCCCCUGGAGAAGGUUCCACCUACGAGGGAAUCCCCUCAGAAUGGUCUGAACCUGCGAACUGGACCUCAAAUAAAGCCACCUGGUCCGUCUCCACACUGAUUUAUUUCUUCUGUGGCGUGAUUGCAGCCGCGCUCUUUCUGACUCUGUACCACACUAUCCCAGUUUGCCGGAAGGAAGUUGUGAUGUGGGUGGACUCAGUUCCCUCUCCAGGCAAAAGCAAGAGCCUGUCUGAGAUCAAGUCUUCCUCGUCCCCGACCCUCGUGCAGAGCGAGAAGACGUCCAUUUGUAGCGUGCAGCACCUCGACCGCGUAUCGACCUGCUCCACAGAAGCUUUGCUUUGGCCGACCAAGAGCACUGAGACGACGGGCGGCGACCAGAGCAGGAGUUGCUGGAACUGUGAUAACCUCCCCUCCCCUCUUGAUAACGCUCACGACUCGGACACGUCGUCCAUGAGCUUCAGCGGGCCAUACAUCUUUUGUCAGGGAUCAGGACAAAUGUCAAUGGAGGUCCAGCAAGAAGAAGUCCGCGAAACUAAAUCGGAUGAAGCCGUGCCUCUCUUCCCGGCGCCAUGUCCUCUUCGCGAUGGAGAUUACGUGUGUCUUCCCAACCGCACUCUCUCAAGGUCCACAGAGGACCUCACCUCCCACAGCAGCUCAGGCCCAAAAUGGUACCACAGUCCUGAGCAGGACCAGCAGCACCUGAACGCCACACUGCGGCCUGUUCAGUCUGGCAGCCGGUCCGGCUUCGGAGAACCAGCGGUGAGAAGUCAACCGCCUGAUUACACUGCAGGGCCGCUCCCCUCUUGGCCUCAAGGGGGCGCUAACUCGGGAUACUGCCAGCUCCCAGCAGCCUUCACGGUACCGCCAAAAUGAACAGCUGCAUGCAAGAAACAAAACAACAAGGCAGGAUCAAUCAGUAAUUGACUUUUUGUAAGCUUCUACUUUAUUAUAAGCUCCUCAAGCUGUUAGAGGGAGAAAAAAAAAUCUUGUUGUCGUUGCACAUAUUUUAUAUUGCCUUUACUGAUUUUAAUUUAGUAAUAUGCAACCAAACAUUUAACAGGGUAAAUAAAGUGUUUUUAUAUCUACAAAUAUUCCAGGAAGAAUAUUUAUAUAUAUUUUUUUUAUUAAUGUUUAUCUUCAGCAUGAUUUUCUUUAAACAAGCUGCCACUAUGUGUAUUAAAGUGCUUUUCAUAAUUAUCCAAAAAAAAGAAAAGUGCCCUUACUGGCACUGACAAUUUUACCAAUUUAUUACCCCAUUUAAUGUGCAAUUAUAACAUGUAAAAUUUUGUCUUUUCCAUGAAACUGCUAAAGCAAAGAAACAGAAGGCGAGUUAAAGUCAGAACAUUGACGCUGUGACCUUUUUCACCAUUUUAUUUCCUGUACAGAGCAUUUUAAUUUCAAUAAAAGUUAAACUCACAUGCUAAUAAGACAAACUGGCAUAUUUACUGUCAAUACAGUCAUCAUUCAGAUCAUAAUCAGACAAACAAAAUGAAGUUGUUUCCGUGUCAGAAGUGAAGCCAUUUUAUUUCAGAUUAUUAUCUCUGGAGGCCUCAAAAAAAUGAAAGCUAUAGUUCUAUAAUGUUUUUGAAACAGGGGGAUGAUGUAUAUUUAAUAAAAAUUACGACAAGGGAAGUCUCUGAUCACAUUAUGUGAUGGUUACUCCUUUCCUGUUACUAGCUUCACCAUGUUAUCGCACAAAGUGGAAGUACAAAGAUAAAUUUGCUUAAUGGAAACACUCCAAUGUCAAAAACACAAGCUUUUUUUUUUUUUUUGCUAGGAUGAGGCGGCUUUUUUUUGACUCUAUCAGAAUUUGUGUAUAUCACAAAACUGCAACAGAAACCCUUUUUUCACAUCAUACAGGUGAUGUGACCAACAACACAAGGUUACUACAGGAGGAAAAGAUGAAGAUGACAGGAAGUGGAAGGAGAAUGACGGCGUCGCAUGUUUUUUAAUGACAUCAUGUGAAAAAACUAGUUAACCUUUGAUCUUAAAUCCGAAAUCGUGUUUCGGAUUCAAUAAAAAUACCGCAAUUGCGAAA